AUCUCCCUAUAGAGUCAGCUUGACUUGUGUUGUCUGCUGAAACAGGAGCGGUUUCUCUGAAAGUGAUUGAGGACUUGAACACUUGGGGUGAUGGCUGCGUCGGCACCCUCCUCUUCCUCCUCUUCCUCCUCUUCCUCCUCUGGCGGCGAUCCGGAUCCCAACUCGACAGAUUUACGGCCACCAUCCUCAAACUAUGACUGGAGUGGAGUCGCUCAUGGAUGUACAAGGAAACUUGGAAUGAAGAUAUGCGGAUUUUUGCAGAAGAACAAUAAUGUUGAGGACAAGAGCCGAAUUGUCGGGUUUUUUAACGAUCAGCAGCCCAAGAGCAUUUUAACACGGGACAACGCGAGAGAGUCUGGCUUCAGGCGCACUGAGACUGACUUCUCCAAUCUGUACGCAAGAGAUCUGCUUCCUGCUAAAAAUGGAGAGGAGUACACCAUGCAGUUCCUGUUGGAGGUGGUGGAGAUCCUCACUAACUAUGUGCGGAAGACCUUCGACAGAUCCACAAAAGUGCUGGACUUCCAUCAUCCACACCAGCUGCUGGAGGGCAUGGAGGGCUUCAACUUAGAGCUGUGUGAUCAGCCCGAGAGCCUGGAGCAGAUCCUGGUGGACUGCAGGGACACGCUCAAAUACGGAGUCCGGACAGGUCACCCAAGGUUUUUUAACCAGUUGUCUUCAGGUCUAGACAUCAUUGGCUUAGCUGGAGAGUGGCUAACCUCUACUGCCAACACUAACAUGUUCACAUAUGAGAUUGCACCAGUGUUUGUACUGAUGGAACAGCUCACCCUGAAGAAAAUGCGAGAGAUUAUUGGCUGGCCAAAUGGAGAGGGCGAUGGAAUUUUCUCACCAGGAGGAGCGAUCUCAAACAUGUACAGCGUGAUGGUGGCGCGCUAUAAACACUAUCCUGAGGUUAAAAUCAAAGGCAUGGCAGCGGUUCCCAGACUGGUGCUGUUCACCUCAGAACAUAGUCACUACUCUAUAAAGAAGGCCAGUGCAGUGCUGGGUUUUGGCACAGAGAAUCUGAUCUUGCUGAGAACAGAUGAAAGAGGUAGAGUCAUUCCGGCUGAUCUGGAAGCCAAAGUCAUUGACGCCAAACAGAAGGGGUGUGUGCCGAUGUUUGUGAACGCCACAGCUGGAUCUACAGUGUACGGAGCCUUUGAUCCAAUCAAUGAGAUCGCUGACAUCUGUGAAAAAUACAACUUGUGGCUUCAUGUGGAUGGAGCGUGGGGUGGAGGUUUGCUGAUGUCCAGAAAACAUAGACACAAGCUUAACGGCAUUGAGAGAGCCAACUCUGUCACAUGGAACCCACACAAGAUGAUGGGUGUCCCACUACAGUGCUCCGCCAUUCUGGUCCGAGAGAAGGGUCUACUACAGGGCUGCAACUCCAUGUGUGCUGGAUAUCUCUUUCAGCCGGAUAAACAGUAUGAUGUCACCUAUGACACGGGGGACAAGGCCAUACAGUGUGGCCGUCAUGUAGACAUCUUCAAAUUCUGGCUCAUGUGGAAGUCAAAGGGCACUAUUGGCUUUGAGAGACACAUUGACAGAUGUUUGGAGCUGUCUGAGUAUCUCUACCACAAGAUCAAGAACCGAGAAGGAUAUGAGAUGGUGUUUCAAGGGGAGCCCCAGCACACCAAUGUGUGUUUCUGGUACAUUCCUCCAAGCCUGCGCCUCCUGCCAGAUGGAGAGGAGAAAAGACAACGGCUUCAUAAGGUUGCCCCCAAGAUCAAGGCAAUGAUGAUGGAGUGUGGGACAACAAUGGUGGGCUACCAGCCUCAGGGGGAGAAGGUCAACUUCUUCAGGAUGGUCGUCUCCAAUGCGGCUGUGACCAGGUCUGACAUUGACUUCCUGAUAGACGAGAUAGAAAGACUGGCACUGGAUUUAUAGAGUGCGCAGGGUGGAAAUCCAGUAGAUUCGGUUGGAAUAUAGGAAAUGG